AUGGACUACGAGAUGCUGCUCAGAGGAUUACGAGCCUGCGCUGAACGUGCCUCGGAGCCGCGCACGACAAACUUGGAUCGGAUUUCGAAGACCACCAAGGAAGUGUUGGGAAGAAGAAGGGCCUUGAGGCUUGAUCCGAAUGCAUCGCACAUUGAGCGGGAUCUCCGCGAAUAUAAUAUUCCGCUAGCAACCUUGCUGAGCGAAGACGGGACUCGCAUGUCUUCUCGUCGUGAGAUGGAAAUCAUUACGGAGAGGUUCUACUCGAACCCUUUCCGUUCAUCAACUCCUAUGUCAAGCCCGAUCAUCCCCACUGGCUAA